UCAGAAGGCGCGUUGGGCUGCGUUUAGCUGCCACUCAGGCCUUUAUAAACUUUGUGUACCGCAGCAGGGGUACGGUGUUCAGUCCUUCAUCUAGAAUAGUCUACUUGCUGGAGCCAUGGUGCUACCUCUAGCUGUGCUGGUUUUGUGCGUGGCUGCUGCCCUGUCAGCCCCGAGCCUGGACCCGCAGCUCAGUGACCACUGGGACCUGUGGAAGAGCUGGCACUCCAAAAACUACCAUGAGAAGGAAGAGGGCUGGAGGAGAAUGAUCUGGGAGAAAAACUUGAAGAAGAUUGAGUUGCACAAUCUGGAGCACUCCAUGGGUAAACACUCAUACCGUCUAGGAAUGAACCACUUUGGAGACAUGACUCAUGAGGAGUUCAGGCAGAUCAUGAAUGGCUACAAGCAGAAGGUACAGAGAAAGUUCAAGGGCUCCCUGUUCAUGGAGCCCAAUUUCCUGGAGGCCCCACGUGCCGUGGACUGGAGGGACCAUGGAUAUGUCACUCCUGUUAAGGACCAGGGUCAGUGUGGUUCUUGCUGGGCCUUUAGCACCACUGGAGCCCUGGAGGGUCAGGUGUUCAGGAAGACUGGCCAGCUGGUGUCGCUUAGUGAGCAGAACCUGGUGGACUGCUCCAGACCUGAAGGCAACGAGGGCUGCAACGGCGGUCUGAUGGACCAGGCCUUCCAAUACGUCAAGGACAACCAGGGCCUGGACUCCGAGGACUCCUAUCCCUACCUGGGAACAGAUGACCAGCCCUGCCACUACGACCCCAAGUUCAACUCUGCCAAUGACACUGGCUUUGUUGACAUCCCUAGCGGCAAGGAGCGUGCUCUGAUGAAGGCUGUGGCCGCUGUAGGACCGGUUUCAGUAGCCAUCGAUGCUGGACAUGAGUCUUUCCAGUUUUAUCAGUCUGGAAUCUACUAUGAGAAGGACUGCAGCAGUGAGGAGCUGGACCAUGGUGUGCUGGUGGUGGGUUAUGGCUUUGAGGGAGAAGAUGUGGAUGGCAAGAAAUACUGGAUUGUCAAGAACAGCUGGAGUGAGAAGUGGGGAGACAAAGGCUACAUCUACAUGGCCAAAGACAGGAAGAACCACUGUGGAAUUGCCACAGCAGCCAGCUACCCCCUGGUUUAAGCAUGGCCUUGGAGCUCUGUUAGUGUUUUUAUUGCAAUAGCGUGACUGGAGAUGAGGGACUGCUCUUCAGUCUGUCAGAGACGCCUCGACAGGAGAUUCUGCCACGUUUUCUGGACAAACACUGUUUUUAGGGAAAUGCUGCCAUUUUUGUUUUGGCUGAUUUCUUGUCACUUUUAAAAGAUUUUAGUGUUUUAUUUUUUGUAAAUAUGUGUUUACUUGGUAAGUGGAAUAUUAACACUUGCUUUGGUCAUUGUAAAUCUUUGUUUCUUUGUUGUUGUUUUUUUUGUACUUUUACUGUGAUCAAUUAAAAACUCCUGAAACACUA